AUGGUUUCUAGGAAUUUAUUGAUUAUCGCUUUGAUGUCAAAAAGCUAUUUAUCCUCUAGACCAGCUAUAAGCUAUUCCAAAGUCGCUGCAACGUACUCGUCUAGGGCACAGAAAAACCUUUCCGAAUAUCAGGAUUGGGCAUUUCAAACUCAGGGAAGCGUUAAUUCGUUAUCACCUAGUCCGGACUUCACAAAAUUCGCAAUUGCUGGUCGUGAACUGUUGGAAAUACUGGCUCUUAACGCAAAUCCUGUCCGACCACCUAUUCGAAUUAAAAACUUUUCAUCUGGAAAUGCUCAAGAAAAGAACACCUCCUGUAACGAUGUUAAAUGGGGAAACGAUUUUUCCGAAAAUUACCUGUUUACUUGCUCCCCUCUGGGUGACUUGAACGUUUGGGAUAUUGAUUUGGGCCAGAAUAUUUCCAAAUUUACUGAGCAUUCAAGAGCCAUUCAUAGUAUUGACGUUUCCAAGUUCCAUUCUUCAUACGUUUUAACCGCCUCGCAGGAUGGCCUUACUAAAUUAUGGGAUUUCCGUGAAUCUCACUCUACUCAAACAUUCAAAGGAAACUCGGAAGCUGCCAGAGACGUUGUGUUUUCUCCUUCUGAAAGCAAUGAAUUUGUUGUUGCGUACGAUAAUGGUACCGUUCAGAAAUGGGAUUUACGUUACAGUAAAAGUCCUUCACUAAAGCUUUCGGCACAUAAUGGUGUUGCACUAUGCAUAGAUUAUACUCCGAAUGGCUCCCUGUUAGCUUCGUGUGGACGAGAUAAAUCAAUCCGAAUUUGGGAUAUCAACAAUAAUCAACGCAAAGCUAUUUCUACCAUAAAUACGAUCGCUCCUGUGAAUCUUGUUCGCUGGGAGCCUGCUGAGGUAAACAAUGCCACCUGUAGGCUGGCCAGCUCCUCUCUAUUGGGUGAUAAUAGUAUUAACGUCUGGGACAUUCGACGGCCCUAUGUUCCUCAUCGCAGCCUCAAUCAUCAUGAAAAUAAUGUAACAGCUUUGCAAUGGAUUUCGCCAAAUGUUCUUUUAUCAUCCAGUCGUGAUGGAGUCCUUUCGCAGUCUCGAGUAAAUGAUGCUAAAAGCUACAUAGAUAUUAUGCCUUCUUCCGCCGUAUCCUGGUCUACGAAUGGUUCGAUUACUUUUUCUUCUAAUAAUUUGAAGAAUCCCAACCUUCGUCCACCUGUAAACCGAACUUCCUCUCGUGAAAGUAAUAUAAGUUCUUUGAAAACUGCGCUGCAAGCGAAGCAGCCUAUUCAAGAAACUCACUUGAAACAGACUCCAGCUAAUUUUGAAUUUUCUUACCCCGUAAAAAACCACCAGCUAGCCAUAACUUCUAUAUUUCCUAAUACCUCCCAUCAGUUUGUCCAGCUUGCGAAAUCAUAUCAGCUUUCAGGUGAAACCAAUACUGCAUGUCAACGAAAUGCCAGACUUGCUUAUCAAUUAGGAGCUUAUGAAGCACAGGCUAUGUGGGACUUUUUAUUCUUUUCUUCUCUCAACUUAAACCAUAAGGAACGUUUCCUAGCAAAGGAUGACUACGACUUUCCGUUCUCUGAUGAGAGCCGAUCUGUUUCAACGCAAAAUAAAUCAGAAAGGAGUCGGCGAUCUUCAUUUGAAUCGGAAGGACUCUCUGAUGAUUACUUUGAAUCAUUACUCUCCAGCUCAUCUCUCAGCUCAUCAAUAUUGUCUGUGGAUUAUGAGGAUAAUCUAGAUAAAGCUGUAUCAAAAAGUAUAAAUCAAAGGUCGGACCAUCCAACUUCUAUGAGGUCUCGAAAAGAUGGAAAUCCGCCCUUUCAAGGAGGUAGAGGUAGUAUCACCUCCUUGCAUUUUUUUGAUUCCAUUGGUUCUAAUGUCUCUGCCCAUUCCCAGUACGAUAUGUCAAAUUCUUUACAUCAAGGUUCUGUAACGUCUGCUUCGAUUAAAUCUCGUGAUCCUGCUUUUAGCCUUGGAAGUUUGUCUAGGCGUACUUCUUAUUUCCAUGAUCAAUUAUCUUUGGUUGCUGAAGAUGCUCCUCCUACAGAUCUGGUGGAUGUGGUGACUUCGUCUAUUAUACAAUGCAUCGACGAAUCUGAUGUACAAACUGGUGCCUCCGUGUACUUAUUGUUUUCUGCGCUUCCUAUCAACAUUCCGCGUCCUCAAUUGGAUGAUUUAAUUGAUAGUUAUGUGGGUCUUUUGCGGCGUAUGGGAAUGUUCUGUGAAGCAGCAUACAUUGUUAAGCAUUCCUCGCAAGUUGUAAAAUAUAAAUAUUCAGCAAAUCGCGAUCUGUCUUUUGGUCACAAGUCUAAUCCAAAACCUUAUAGGCAAAAUGUCUCUUUUGAUGGUGUAAAUAUUUAUUCAAAGCUUGAGAGAUGCUGUUUUUGUGAAUUACCUUUGAAUGGAGUUAUCACUUCAUGUUACGGUUGUGGUCAUCUAGGGCAUGAAAGUUGUUUAAGGGAAUGGUUUUUUAAUGAUUCUACUGAAGAAUGUUUAAUAUGUCCUGUUCCAGGUUGUGGACAAGUAUGCUUUUAG